UCUUGGGAAAGAGAAACACACUUCAUUCUCUUAUUUGACAUUACCAAAGUCUCUUCUGAAAUUGAUGAUAUGUAAAUAUUACAUGAAAUUAUAUUUCUGUACUUUUAAAUGAUAUGGAAACUGUCCUGCACUAUUUUUUUUUAAUUUGUUUUACCAGCUUCAUGGCCACAGCCUUCUCAGUUCUCAGGGGAAUACCAUGGUGUUUGCUCCUCAUUGUAGUCACGCACUUUUUGUCUUCUAGAAGGAAUGGAUCACUUACAGGUAUGCGGGAGUUGCAUGUGUGUAUAUAUAUGAUGUAUGGCAUAUAUUACAUGCAUUCACACACAAUGAUCUCUUUAGGUAGAGAAAUACUAGCAGGCAUGUCAAAGACUAUGACUAAAGGGUUUUUUAAAUUUAUUGCACUUUCACAUUAUUACUUGACCUGUACCUGUUCGCUCAAGAUGUGAUGAGUUUAUAUCUGAAAGAAACACAGAGGAAUACUAAAAUACUGCUUUAUGUUCAGGAACUUUUCUAUUUGCGUUAAGCGCAAGAAACAGUAUAAACAGUCGACCCUAGACUGGCGGGUUCCUUCUGUUACAAAACAACUUCCGGGAUGCAUAAGGAAACCUCCAGACUUCCGUUUCCGUUGGCUUGUUGCCCUGGGAACCAGAACACUCCACAAUCUUGACAGUUAUGGCGGGGCUGAGCAGCUCGCAGAUCCCCGACGGUGAGUUCACGGCGGUGGUGUACCGGCUCAUCCGCGACUCCCGCUACUCAGAGGCGGUGCAGCUGCUGGGCGCCGAGCUGCAGAAGAGUCCCCGCAGCCGCGCCGGGCUGUCGCUGCUGGCCUACUGCUACUACCGCCUGCAGGAGUUCGAGCUCGCUGCAGAGUGCUAUGAGCAACUGAGCCAGAUGCACCCAGAACUCGAGCAGUACCGCCUCUACCAGGCCCAGGCGCUGUACAAGGCCUGCCUGUAUCCAGAGGCCACGCGGGUCGCCUUUCUCCUGGACAAUCCCACCUACUAUAGCCGGGUCCUUCGUCUCCAGGCCGCUAUCAAGUACAGCGAGGGCGACCUGCCAGGAGCCAGGAGUCUGGUGGAGCAGCUGCUGAGUGGAGAAGCCGGAGAAGAGAGUGGAGGGGAGAAUGAUCCAGAUAGUCUGGUCAAUAUGGGUUGUCUGCUCUACAAGGAGGGACACUAUGAAGCUGCCUGUUCCAAGUUCUUUGCAGCUUUGCAGGCAUCUGGCUACCAGCCUGAUGUAUCUUACAAUCUGGCUUUAGCUUGUUAUAGCAACAGGCACUAUGCCCCAGCUCUGAAGCAUAUCGCCAACAUCAUUGAGAGAGGCAUCCGUCAGCACCCAGAACUAGGUGUGGGCAUGACCACUGAAGGCAUUGAUGUUCGAAGUGUGGGCAAUACCAUAGUCCUUCACCAGACUGCUCUGGUUGAAGCCUUCAACCGAACACUCUAUUGUGCCAAGGGAAACUAUGACUUUGGCAUCUCUCGGGUUAUCAAAAGCCUGGAGCCUUACCAUAAAAAGCUGGGAACUGAUACAUGGUAUUAUGCCAAAAGAUGCUUCCUGUCCUUGCUAGAAAACAUGUCAAAACAUACAAUCAUGCUGAGGGACACUGUGAUUCAAGAAUGUGUCCAGUUUCUAGAGCACUGUGAAAUCUUUGGCAGAAAUAUUCCUGCUGUUAUAGAACAGCCCUUGGAGGAAGAGAGAAUGCACAUUGGGAAGAAUACAGUCACGUAUGAGUCCAGACAACUGAAAGCUUUGAUUUAUGAGAUCAUAGGGUGGAAUAUGUAGUUACUUCCGAAAAGGUCAUUAGAGUUUUUCAAAUCUAUAUUUUACUCUCUUUUUAUUUUCCUGUGCAUUUUUAUAUUUGUUUCAGGUUUGACUCUACUUAAAACUAUAGCAGCCUGUCCACCAUCAUAACCCUUGUGUGAUAUAAGCUCCCACAUUCUUGCUACUAGACACAGUCCAUAAUUGCUGCAGCAGCGGCAUCUCUGCAGAGGCAAAAACACUCACUGCACUUAGUCUUUCUGCUUUGGGCUGUAAAGAGGACUUAGGCUCAGUCAGUUACUAGUAUACAGUCAUGUGGAUUUGACUGCCUUGUAGACCCGGUUGCUGGACCACAGCAAACCAUCUCUCUAUCGGCAGAGAGAAACAGAAGGCGGACUUUGUUCUCUUGGUAGAUUGUGCUGCCAAAGAAACCUAAUGCUUAGCCAUGUGCCUCCAGGUUCUUUAUCUCUUUUGGUCGAUUGGUUUGUUGGUUGGUCUUGUUUGGGGCCUUUCUGUUACUGUUGUUUGAGUUCUUCCACUUUCUGGACCCCAUCCAAAGUCAAAGUCUAGUUGGAGCUGGUCUAAGUCGUUUUGAAAGGACAACUACUGGAUGACAGGGUCAUUUUCCUAGGUGCUCUUCAGGUUAUUCUUAGCCAAUGGUUCCAUUUUCUUCCAUAAUGUACCUGGUUAGUUAGUUCUUAUGUUUUAUAAUUAACAUUAUCAUCUCUUUCUGCUUUGGGUUUUCCAUAGUUGACUGCAUCUCAUAAAUAUUUACAAAUACAAAGUGUAGAAAUUCCUUUUUUAAAGGUGUGUAUGUGUAGGCAUGUGGGUGCCAUGAUGUGGCUGUAGAAGUCAGAACAACUUUUGGGAGUAGGUUUCCCCCUUCUGCUGUGAGUCUCAUGGAUUGAACUCAAAUCAUCAGGCUUCCCCAGCAAGCACUUUGACCCACUGAGCCACCUUGGAAGCUCGAGUUUAGAAGCUUUGUAAUGUUUCUAGUUUAGAGAGAAAUGUUGAACUGAAAAUGAGAAAGAAAAAAAGGGGAUAAGUUGCAGACACUCUACAGCCUGUGAGUCUUAAUUCUCUUACUCCUCAGGGUCUUACAGUCCUUUCAGCUACUAGACCCUUUCUACAGUUACUUUUGGCAAUGGCCUCUAUUUCAGUAAAAUCCAUGCAAAGGACACUUGCCUUCUUUUAUAACCUGGAAUGAUGAGCCCGGUCAAAAUGAAAUACAUAACUGCAUCUCAGAUUAAUGCAUUCUAGUACUUGGGCUUACCGAAAAUGUUUACCAUUAAGGGAAAUGUUAUCUCAUAACUUACUGGUUACUAAAAAAAAUUGAAGUUUUUAUUUUUACCUGGUGUUUCUGCAUAUAACUCUAGCUGUGAAUGUAUACAAGGCAGUCCCUCUUUUCUGCUACCAUUGUGCAUAAACUAUGUAUUGUGUUAAUAUUUAGAAAUAAAAAUUCUCUUAAUUUCA